CUUUUCUCUUCUUCAGUUUUCAACUCAAAUAAUUAAAUGCUGAAGAGAGCUAUCAUCAAUAGGAAGCAAGGAAGAAGUAUUCAAGAAUUCAAGAGUUGGAGGCUCAAAGAGACAUUGGCCUCUGCCUUUUCUUGCCCCUUUUAGUGGCCUUUGUGGGGCUCUCUCUUUGAUGCUUUCUUCUCUUUAGCUAUCACCCAUCCAUCUAUCUAGGAACAUAAUCUUUAAAAUCCUCAAUUUCCUUCUUGCAUCAAUUCUCUGUAUUUUACUCUUUUUUUUAAAAGAAAAAUAAAACUAGUUUUCCUUCUUGCACCAAUUCCUCUUGUUUCUUUUCAAAAAAGUUUUUUUUUGCUUGUUGAACCAAUUCUUUGUUUCUUUCAAGAAAAAAAACAAUUUUCCUUGUUGAACCAAAUCUCCUCUUUUUUUUUUCUUUGUUUGACCAAAAAUUGGUAUAUUUGGCAUAUAUACCCCAUGGGGCCAUCCCCAGUGCCACAAGGGCCCUGGUGGUCAUGGGGAAUUGGGGAGCAGUGCAAAUGGUGGCUUGAGAGGAUGGAAGACGGCGAGAAGAGCAAUGGAGGAGAAGACGGCGGCCUGAGAUUCUCCCUCCAGUUUGAUCCCGGCAAGCUCGGCCUUGACCGUGCCCUGCUCGGCCUCCCUGUCUCCGCUCUGCUCGGCCAUCUCCUCGGUUGGAGCAGCCAGGGGGCGUCCAUGGCGGUGGCGGAGGGUGGCGGCGAGGGCGAGACGGCGGCGGGCGUCGCCGCCCUCGCCUCAGCUUUCGCCGUCUACCUCGUCGCGACGUACGCGUCCGAUCACCGGCGGCAGCCGCAGCAGCCUCGCCGUCCUCUCCGGCUGCGGAAGCGUGACCUGUCGCCGCUGAAUUCUUCAGCUAGGCCUCGUGCUCUGCCUACACCGGAUGAUGGUCUCCGGAUUCUUUCGUCGAAUGAGGAAUGUUUGGAGACCGUGAUUCACGGCGCGUCCGUCGGAGCCGGGGACGACGAGCCGGAGAUCGUGGCGAGAGUCGUGAUGCCUCCCGCCGCUGACGACGACAUGGCCGCCGGAGCAAACGCCGGCGGUGGCGGCGGCGGCGGCGACCGAUCGGAGAAGAAAGAGCGGGAGGAGGAGGAGGAUGAGGAGGUGGAGAGGCUGAAGGAGCUCUGGCUGUCGCUCAUGGAGCGGGAGCAGCGGCUGCAGCUGCGGCAGGCGGAGCUCGACGAGCUCCGGGAGCAGGACGCCACGGCGCGUGAGCUCGAUCGCCGCGCCGCCGCCGCAGCCGCCGUGGAGGCGCGGAUGCUGGAGCUGAAGGCCGCCUCGCUGCGGGAGGAGAACCGUCGCCUGGAGGAGGCGCGGGCGUCGGAGCUCGACGCCGUCCGCGGCAAGCUGGCGCGCGCCAGGGAGAAGCUGGCAGAGCUCAGGGCGCGCGUGGAGCGCGAGCGGGAGGAGGCCGCGCGCGAGGCGGCGGCGCUCCGUGCCAGGGCGAGCGCGCUGGAGAGGAGCGGCGCGGAGAGGGAGGUCGCCGCGGCGGCGGAGGCCGCGGCGCUCCGGGACAGGGUGGCCGGGAUGGAGAAGGACGGCGCCGAGAGGGAGGGCGCCCUGGCAGCGGAGGCGGAGGCGGCGCGGCGGAGGAUGGCGGAGCUGGAGAAGAACGUCGAGGAGAGGGAGGCGGCGAUGGCGGCGGAGGCGGCGGCGCUGCGGGCGGCGAACGCCGGGCUGGAGGAGGAGAACAUGGAGCUCGCGCUGAGGCUGCAGGAGGCAGAGCAGACAGCCUCCACGGUUAAUCUCGUUAUCGAGGAGGACGUGGUUAAGGAGGCAAAAUACCUGAGAGAGACCAACGAGAGGCUGACGCGGCAGAUCGAGCAGCUGCACGCCGACCACUGCGCCCACGUCGAGGAGCUCGUCUACCUCAAGUGGGUCAACGCCUGCCUCCGCUACGAGCUGCGCACCCACGACGGCGACGACGGCGCCGGCCGGAUUUCGGCGAGGGACCUGAGCAAGAGCAUGAGCUUCCGGUCCAGCGAGAAGGCCAAGGAGCUCAUGCUCAAGUACGGCACCCAUGGCCUCGACGGCUUCGACCCCUCCAUCUUCUCCCCGCUCCACGAGUCCGUCUACGGCGACGGCGACGGCGACGACUUCGAGCAGCGAAGACCGAACGGCGACGUCGUCGUCGACGAGGCGCCGCGGAGCCCGAGCACGGCGGUGGCGAUGGCCGCCGCAGCUGCGGGGGCCGAGUCGCCGUCGAGACGUGGCAACAAGCUCAAGUUCUUGGGGAACAUCAAGAAGCUGCUCCCGACCAGCAAGAAGGGGCACGGCCGCGGCGACCGGAGGAGCAGCAGGAAGCAGUCGGCGGCGGCGGAGGCGGAGCCACCGCGGGACGAGCACCUGGAGAAGGCGCUGCAGUGGCUGUCCAGCCACGACGUGCUGGACGACGACGACUCGUACGAGAGCACGCCGCUGUCGUCGUGCGAGCGGACGCCGCUGAGCAGCGUCACGACGGCGGGCUCCACGCACGCCCGCAGCACCGGCGGCGCCGCCGGCGAGACGGCCGCCGCGGCCGCGUCGAGGCUGCUGGAGGCGGAGACGGCGCGGGCGAGGAGCGACGUCGGCGCGUCGUCGUACGGGCGGGAGGCGCCGAGCCGGUACCACGCGCUCCGGCCUUACCACCCCGGCGCCGGCGCAGGCAAUGUCGGCGGCGACGGGCCCCGCGCGUCGCCGGAGAAGCGGGAGCUGAGGCGGCGGUCGGAGGAGCUGAGAAGCCCCGCGUCGAUGUUCGCGGGUGCAAGGGAUAAUCGCAUGCAUCAGCUGCAGAGCAAUGCUUAAUUAACCACUACUACUAUUACUGAAGUAUUUACAGAUUAACAGAAACCUGCUGCAUAUGCGAGAUGGGAUAUAAUGCAAGUUUUUUUUUCUUUUUCCCCUGCUUGUGUUUAUGCGUGUACGAACUGGUAAUUAAUACUGGAUGUUAGAAGGGUUUGUGACUUUUGAUCUUGGAUUGGUGAAGAAAAUGAUGCGUUAGGAUUUGGUCUA